GACCGUCCUGUCAUGGCCCCUCGUAAGCCAACAACAAGGUCAACCCUCGUUUAUCAUACCUUUCCUGCCUUCUAUGCGUGCUACCUUUGAAAUCUAUUCAAACACUAACUUCAACCGCAACAUACAUAGGCAGCACACCGAAUCCUCCUAGGCGCAUACGCCAGCAUAAUGGUGAAAUCACCCAGGGUGCUCACAAAACCCGACGGCGUCGGCCAUGGGUGAUGCAGAUGAUCGUGCAUGGUUUCCCCUCUAAGCUGGCUGCACUCCAGUUUGAAUGGGCUUGGCAGCAUGCUCACAUAUCCCGACACCUUCGCGACGACGCCGGUCAGGCUCUGCUCAGAAGAGCUACAUCCUUGAUGACACAAAUCCGCACCGUGCGAAUGAUGCUUUCUAUGCAUCCAUGGAGCAUGUGGCCUCUGCACAUCAAACUAUUCACCGAGGCAGCUUUCAAAGGUUGGAAAACUGUCAACGAGAAAGGAAAUCCGCCUCCUCUCCCACCCGGAUUUACUUCCUGCGUGGAACUGGAAGGAGUAGAUGGGCGAUCUGGCCGAGUGGGCUCUGGAAGACAAGAACCACUCAGUGUUGAUGAUGCCCAAUUCACAUCCGCAUACUUGUUGAAGAACACGGAACUCUUGUCGACAUCCAAUGGGCAUUUAACGUGUUCGAUAUGCAAAAAGGAGAUCGAGGAGUACAGUACUACUCCAUUACAGACCACCUUGUGUCCGACUUCCGGCUGUUCAGCCGUCUCCCAUCUGCACUGUCUUUCGCAAGACUUUCUGAGCCGAGAGACAGAGAACACCGCCAUGGUUCCUCGCGGCGGACAAUGCCAUUCUUGUCGUACUUAUGUCCUCUGGGGCGAUGUCAUCCGUGGUAUGUAUCGCCGAGUUGCAGGUGGAAUCGUUCAAGAGCUGGACGACGAUGCGCUUUAUCUUUCUGACAUUACAGAAGAUGGCAUCCCCAUCUCUAAGGGGAAAGAGAAAGGGAAAGGGAAAGCAGCCUCGUCGAAAUCCCUUACGCCCAAGCGACGUCGAAGCAAAAUUCAGAGUGAUCUGGAAGGCUCUUCAGAAGGCGAGAUGUUCGAUCUCGAUGUGAGCUCGACAUCAGACAGUCAGCCGUCUUCUCCCAGUCGUCGCAAAAGGGGGAGGCCACCCAAAGCGGCGGCAGUCGGCAGAGCCGUCGUUCCUGUUUCGCCUCGAAAACGUGGGCAGCCACCGAAAAAUCCCGUUACAGACGAGUCACCGCGGAAACGAGCAAAGAAAGCAUUAGCUGCAGGCUUUCAUACAUGGGCUGCUCAGAAUGAUAGCGACUUCUUCGAGUCGGACAGCCUUGAGCUUCCUCCUGCUCCGCUACAUCUGGCCGCACCAGAACACUCGGAUGACCAGGCUGAUCUCAGCCGGGCCAUGUCGGUAGUCGAGAUAUCUGAUUAAUUCCUUACUGUAUUCUCCCACACGUCUUGCUUGUAUUUUCUAGGAACAGUGUAUGAAGUCUGUGACAUGGAUCAGCUCUACCGCAGCCAGACAGUUGAUU